CUUUAGACGCUGAUUGGUGUUCAUUCUUCUUCGACAGCCGGAAGUGUUCUCAGAAAGAAAGAUUCGUGCUAUACGCUGAGCUAUUUCUAUAUUAUGUAUUAGAACGUCCAUGUUAACAUAAGCAUACGGCAUCCUGAUUCCCUGGACUCCAAAGGCUCACCAAUGUCGCUAACGCUGACCGCCAUGAGCGACGGCGCAGUGACCAGGGGCCAGCCGCAGAUGCCACGGCCUAACUGGGGCCCCUAUAUCGCAGUCAUCACCAACAGGACUACCAACCUAGUAAUCCGAGGGGCCAUGUUGUUCUCUGUUGGCGUCUUCCUGGCUCUGGUGCUGAAUUUACUUCAGGUGCAGAGAAACGUCACCCUCUUUCCCCCUGAUGUCAUCAGCAGCAUAUUCUCGUCAGCCUGGUGGGUACCGCCCUGCUGUGGUACAGCCUCAGCCAUAAUCGGGCUGCUGUACCCGUGCAUUGACAGCCGCCUGGGGGAGCCACACAAGUUCAAACGGGAAUGGUCCAGUGUGAUGCGCUGCGUCGCUGUGUUUGUGGGCAUCAACCAUGCCAGUGCCAAAGUGGACUUUGCCAACAAUGUCCAGCUGUCUUUGACUCUGGCGGCGCUCUCCGUUGGUCUUUGGUGGACUUUUGACCGCUCCCGCAGCGGCUUUGGCUUGGGUGUCAGCAUCGCCCUGUUAGCGACGCUGGCAACCCAACUCCUGGUGUAUAAUGGAGUUUUCCAGUAUACAUCACCAGACUUCCUGUAUAUUCGCUCCUGGUUACCUUGCAUCUUCUUUGCAGGGGUGAUAACUAUGGGAAACAUUGGACGGCAGCUAGCCUUGUAUGAAUGCAAAUUUUUUCAGGAGAAGACCCAUCGGGACUGAGGGACGUCAGCAGGGCUCUGAUCACAACAUCGUCCUUGCACCUACCUGAAACCAGAGAGCAUCUGCAUGCAGUCCUGGAGAAGCCAGUUAGGCAUGUCAAACAAGACCUGAGCUUCUGAUUGGCUGCCCAGUGCUUUCUUCUGACAAGACAGUAUUUAAUUGGCUGUCAUCGGGUUAUUCAGAUCCUGAGAGGUCUGCUGGCUCGAUCAUUACAUGAGCUGAACAAUGAUAGUUUUUUCUUCUAUACUUACAUUAGAUGCUUUGCUGCUAUCAUUUUUCAGAUCAGCUGGAAUGUUUGAAACCUUUUGACUUUGUGUCAACAAAAAAAAACAAGUGGGCAGAGGUGGGGGGGGGGGGGAAAUUCAGUUUUGAAGUCACCUCUUACAUGCUUCAAAUAUCAAUGGAGAACCUACAACUGAGCUAAAUGAUAUCUAAGUAUACAAUAAACUGUUCAUGUAUUGUAUAGUGUAUGUAAUUAGCUUAUAUCUACAUUUAAGUUUUCUUGAAGUAAUGAUGUGUACUAUACAGUCUGCACUUGGUGUGAGAACAAACCCAACAACAUUGUAGUACCAGCCACACCUGCUUAUCACCAACAUGCGUGGAGUCAUCUGAUCCAAAGAACCAAGGAUGGUGCUUUAUUAUUCAGUGUUUAAAGCUCUGAGGCUGUGAAGUGAAUGCUCCCUUUGGAAAAUACACAUUAAUGAGAUUAGUUUUAUCCUUUAGGUUCAUUUGAAAUCACAUACAGACAUAUUCAGAAAGAAUUUCCUCCUUAUGGAACCAUAUCUAUUUUUAUAUGAAUUAUAUAUACAUACCUUUUCAGUUUCUUCAUCAGCUACCCCACAACAAUAAGAAUGGCAAAUUAUCAAGCCGCCUAUCUUUCCCAAACUUCCUUAUCCUUUGUGAACCAGAGGUGUUAGAGCCCCAAAAUAUAUGUUCAUUGAUGGAUAGGAGGCUACAGAACCGAAGUCAGUAAUGUUUGGGGGUGUAAACAAAGAGUGACGUUACAGAUACAACACAUUGAUAAGCAUAAACUCGUGCAUUACGUUUGCACUCUGUUAUAAAGGGUAUUUAUGGUGUUCUGAGCAAUCCUUUAAGAUACUGUCUCUGCUCAUGCUUAGCAGCACAUUAGACCUGCAGUUAGACGUGAUGUAUUCAUCUGUCCUGUUGAGUCACUGGACGAGCUGUUUCUUUGGAUUUUAACACUGCUGGAUUACUUUCAACAAAGUCUGUUCAAAAUAUGAAGUGGUCUGCACGCAGUAGGUGAGAGGUUGGUGAACGUAACGACAACUCUCCUGGUAGGAACUAAUACAAAAUCAGGUAGAAUAUCAGAUUUGAUCUGUUUGAGGUAUUAUUGGAUUGUUUAAGGCAGUGGCUCUGUCAGGGGUCCCUUUGAGGAAAUGGGGACAUUGUAAGACCCACCAGUUUGAAAACUACUGGUUUAUGGGAUGCUUUAUAACCAUUUAUAAUAAAUCAUGAUAGGUAGAGUUACACCAUCUAAAUUGUAUUACGAAUUGUUUUUGUAAUACUGUUGUAUGAGUCAGUAACGAGGCAAACAUGGAUAACCUUUAAUAUGCAUUUUAUACACUGCAGUUAAAUUCAGCAGUCCACUCAAAGCAACCUGUGACACCUGGAUACGUGCAAUGUGUUGCUGUAUUAAAGACCAUGGCCUUAUGGGUAACUGCAUCUGAUAUGUGUUGGUCUCAUCCAGAUAGUAACAUAAGCAGUUAAACAGCAGUGAAGGAUUUGCCUAUUGAUGGAACACUUUUCCAGAUGAAUGAUCUGCUAAAUAUACUCUUAAAGGGUAAAAGUGAUUUUGUUUAUAACCUUUAUAUUAUAGGAAAACGCUGGUGAGAUUUAACGUGUUUCUCUGGCUCAGAUUACGGCAAUGCAAGUAACACGCCACCCAGAUACAAGUUUUUACAACUAUAUGUAACAAAAUCCUUAUUGUAUUCAUUUAGUAAUACAAUCGUAUUUAGCCAACAAUCUUGUUUUCUUAAGGAACGGUGCAACAGGUUCAGUUAUCUGCUGUAACCAACAAAGCUCUUCACCAUCUUUACUCCUGAUGGAGAACCUGCAUUCUCCCAACAAUGUCAUUGCUUGAUUAUUAGCUUGUGAAUAAUAUAGAUUUCUCCUAACUUACUAACUUAAAGGCAAAAGUCAACUAUAGUUCCAUGUGUCCUUGAGAGAAUACAAUCUGCUUUUUGAAAGCCUAUUUGAAGUAAACUGCUUAAUAUUG